GAGAGAGUUACAGAGAAAGAAAGAGAAAGGUGCUUAUCAGAGGCAGCUAUGGUGGAUUUAUUUGCAUGGCUAGGUUCCUUCUUUCUCGUCAUAGGUAUAAUCGGUGCUGUACUUUUCCAGCUAAUGUGCUUGGCCGACCUUGAGUUUGAUUAUAUCAACCCAUAUGAUACAGCAUCCCGAGUAAAUAAGGCUGUUUUGCCAGAGUUUAUUGCAGAAGGAGUUUUGUGCCUUCUCCUUCUUAUUACAGGGCAUUGGGGUAUGUGUUUGCUCGGCCUUCCAUACGCAUAUUACAAUGUAACAAUAUACACUCGGCGGCAACACCUUCUGGAUGUAACUGAGAUUUUUAACCAGCUUCAUUGGGAGAAGAAGGUGAGAUUUAUCAAGAUUAGUUACCUGAUCAUCUUUCUGGCAUUGACGAUAUUCUGGAUGAUUUGGAGCGUUGUGGAUGAAUGAUCAAUGUGAAUUUGAUGCUGCCAUUAAUUAUACAUUCUCAAACGAAGGCGAUCGAGGUGGCAUGAAGAUGGCAUCCGGUUUGCGAAUUUGUCUCCAAAAUCGACAUCAAUGGAGUUAUUAUACUCACAUAGGGUUGCUCCAUGCCAUUCAAGUUAUAGUAGUAAUGUAAGUUUGACAUUUAAAAAAUAUUUUCUAAAAGUCUUCCUUGUUGAAUUUUGGUGUCUUUGGUUGAGUAAAAUAUGUCCUUGAUUGAUCUGA